AUGGAGGACUGAAAAAGAGGAAUCAAAGAAGACAAAAACUGCGAAAACUGAAGAGAAAACCUCCCCAAAACUACUUUCGAAAUCCCAUUUGAUAUUGCAUGCUCAGCCUGUGACAAAAUCUUCUAUAAAGGUACACAAAUGAAAGCAUUCCAGCAAAACAGUAAUUAAAAUUUAGCAAGGAAUUAUUUUUCAACCCCCAUUAUUGAGUUUUCAAUGAGAUGUAAAAAGUGCGCAAACUUAAUUGCGAUUCAAACAGAUCCAGAGCACUGUGAAUAUACCCCAGCGAUAGGAUGCUAUAAAUAUGUAUUCCAUUUUACUUAUUUUUUUAAAAAUGAGAUUAUAAGUAGAGUUUUUAGUCAAAAUAAGCCAAAAAGAAUAAAAAAUAAAGGCUCAAAAAAUUCCAGAGAAGAACUAAUUGACGUUGAAGAAGUAAAAUCAAUAGAAAUCGGCUCAGAAAAAAUCAAUAAAGAGCCAGAUGAAUCUGUCAUAGCGAUAGAAGGUCCAAGGAUUGCAAAAAUACACGCACUAAAUGUGAUGAUUAUAAAGGAAAAAUUUAAAGAUGAUUUUGGCCUAAAUCAGAUGAUGCGGAAAAAGCUAACUCCCCCCCCCCCCCCUCCGUGAGCGAACAAAACCAUUAGAAAAAUCGCCAUUUUUUUUGACCAAAAACCCACCCUCCGUGAGUGAAACAAAAUUUUUUUAAUAGAAAAAAAUUUUAAUGGAAAAAAAUUUGGAUAUAUAAGUGAUAAUUAGUAUAAUGAAAUCUAGAGCUAAUUCUGUUUAAUUUUAAACAAAUUGCGUUUUAAAACAUAAAUUUUUGCAAAUUAAAUUAAUAUUUGCUUCCCAAUUUUUGCAAAAUAGGAUUUUUUUAAAUUUCGAAAAAAAAUAUUUUUUAUAAAAUUUAUAUAUAAAUUUUUUUUUAAAAAAAAAAAAUUAACCCCCCUCCGUGAGCGAACAAAAUUUUUUUGUUCGCUCACGGAGGGGGGGGGGGAGUAAGGAAAGAAAAGAAAAACUUGAUGCAUACUUCACAUAAGAAUAGUAUGAGAAAUGAAAAAAAUACAGGUAAAAUCUAUUAAGAUGAAAUGAAAAAAUGCUCAAUAAAGAAAAGACUCAAAAUUAUGAAGCAGUCGAUUUUUCACACGGUAAGGAUUAUUUUAUGCCAAAGAAGAAUGAUAGGUAAGAGAAGCAACAUAAUAUAA